AUGGAUUUAUCACAAUGUUUGGAGUAUCGAGCACUUCCCAUGCAAUUUUAUAUUUUUACUCUUUCUGGAGUUUGGUGCCCCAGCAAUUGGACAUCAUUAUUAAAAUUAUCAUAUAAUAUGUAUACAACAACCAUAGCAAUUUCUGGUAUUCUUUUUUGGGCAUCGAUGUUUGUGAACCUUAUCAUUACUAAAAACGAAAGUGAAUAUUUCUAUGAAAACGUUUUUGCAAUAAGUACCUUGACAUAUGCAAUGUACAAAGAAUUUUUCGUAUUGAAAAAACGAAAAGAAAUACAACAAAUGCUGAAAUUAUCGUUUGAUGAUGAAUGGUACAGACCGUUUGAUAAUCGUGAAAUACAAAUUAUUGACCAUUAUGCACACGAAACAAGAUGGGUAACCCAAGUUUAUGCAAUUGGUAUAAUAGCAGGCUUAGCUACAAAGGCUAUCAUGCCAAUGCUUAAUUCGAAUUCAGCAUGGGUUUUGCCAAUCGAGGCUUGGUAUCCAUAUAAUACAAGUAAUUUGAAAAACUAUUUAUUUGCAUACACUCAACAACUAAUGGGUGGUAUACCUUUGAUAUGUUUACAUAUAAGUGUCGACUCUUUAUUCGUCGGACUCAUUUUGCAAAUGUGCAUCCAAUUGAAACUAUUACAAUAUCGUUUACAGAAGACAUUUUCUACAGAUAUAGAUUUGCAAGAGGAAAAAAAUAUAGAAAGAAAUAUAAAAAUAUCAGAUGUUAUAAUUGCAAAUUAUGCAUUUAAACAUCAAUGUAUAUUUCGAUUAGGGAACUAUUUAAAUCAAGAAUUUAGAGGAAUACUAGCCGGCCAAGUAAUGAUAACGAUACCAAACAUAUGUAUCAAUGUUUAUCUUUUGUCACAGCAUAGAGGUGGAAUUACUUUACAUUUGGUUGACUCUUUCUUAUGCUUCACUACAUGCUUAAUGCAGAUAUUUUUAUAUUGUUGGUAUGGGAACAAAAUUAUUCUUCUCAGUAUUGAUGUCGCAAAUACAGCAUACACAACUAAUUGGCUAUCUCUAAAUAUUUCUUCCAAAAAGAAACUUUUGACAAUAAUGGUUAGAGCAACAAGAUCAAUCCAAUUUGCAGCUGGAACAUUCAUAAUGAAUAUCGAUUCAUUUAUCGAGAUUAUCAAAACAUCAUAUUCAGCAUAUAGAGUACUACAGAAAACAUCGUGA